AUGCAGCCUAGACCAGGUUUAAGUGUCGGCAUUGGAGUUGGCAGUGGAGCAGCCCUUCUAAUCAUGGUACUUGGUGCUAUUUUGGUGACCCGGAAGAUGAAGCAACGGAGGGCAAAAAUGCUCAAGAAGAGAUUCUUCAAGCAAAAUCGAGGGCAUCUGUUGCAGCAAUUGGUGUCUCAGAAGGCGGACAUCGCCGAGAGGAUGAUCAUUCCCUUGGUGGAGCUACAAAAGGCCACAAACAAUUUCGACAAAGCUCGCGAGAUUGGUGGAGGAGGGCAUGGCAUGGUCUACAAAGGGAUCAUGUCAGACCUGCACGUCGUGGCGAUCAAGAAGUCCAAAGUCGCGAUCCAGAGGGAGAUCGACGAGUUUAUAAAUGCGGUAGCCAUCCUCUCACAGAUCAACCACCGAAACGUGGUGAAACUCUUUGGGUGUUGCCUUGGGACGGAGGUGCCUUUGCUGGUGUACGAGUUCAUCUCCAAUGGGACCCUUUACCAUCAUCUCCAUGUCCAAGAACCCGCGCCAUCCCUGGCAUGGGAAGAUCGGAUAAGGAUUGCAACCGAAACUGCAAGAGCUCUUGCCUACCUUCACUCGUCCGUGUCGUUCCCUAUAGUCCACAGGGAUAUCAAGUCCCAAAACAUUCUGUUAGAUGGCACUCUCAUAGCAAAGGUGUCAGACUUUGGAGCUUCGAGGUGCAUUCCGGUCGAUCAAACAGAGACCGCAACCGCUAUCCAAGGGACAUUUGGGUACCUAGGCCCCUUGUAUUUCUACUCGGGACAGCUCACCGAGAAGAGCGACGUUUACAGCUUCGGUGUCCUCCUCAUGGAACUUUUGACAAGGAAAAACCAUGCUCAUAUCGGUCAUCCGAGGAGGAAACCCUUGUCUCAUAUUUCACUUCUUCGCUAG